AUGUCGCUCCUUACGCUUCUGCUUUUGGUCCCGUGCGCCUUUGUGCAGUCCUUCGUUCCUGCAUUUGAGAGCGGCACUAGCUCAAACUCUUGCAUCAAGCGAAGUGUCAUCGUGUACACUUCUGAUUCAUCCACGUACUUUGUGACCGAUGUUGGCACAUCGAGCUUUCCAUCAACCUCUACCUUUUGUGCUAAUGCUUCUGUGUCAACUGUCACCACAACUCAGCCGCCAUCGACAGUGACGGUUUAUCCUCAGACAAUAUCAGCUCAGGAGUGUGCUGGCUCUCAGCCGUCCAUCAACCCUAUCCUCACUAACAACAGUUUCGAAAAUGGCACAGCGAGCCCGUUCAACUCAUCUUCUUCGGUCUCUUCUGUGACUGCCGAAGUGGUCCAAAGCGGUGUCUACGAGCCUCACACUGGGGAUAGCUAUCUUCUUAUCACCUUCCCUGAUCCAGCCUCUGUACAGAGGCAAGUCCGUCGUCAGUCAGCAGGAACGACCACGCCUCUCAUCUACAAUGUCACACAGAUCUUCGCCGCUUCGGCAGGUACCUCGUACACCAUGACGGCUUGGGCGGCUGUAGUUAUCACUGGAAACAACAAGCCUGAUUGCUCUCUGACCAUAUGUGGCACCAGUGACUGUAGCUUGCCAUUCCCGCUCACAACUAACUACACGGGAUACUCAUACAAUUAUCAGUCAUUUAUCAACGAAGACAGUGCUGUUGCCACGUUCCAAGUAUCAUGUUCUUCUGCUGCUUACGUCGCUAUGGAUGAUGUUUCAGUCACUGACAAUGUCUUGGCUGCGAGUGCCAGCAGUGCUACGGCAAUUUCUACCGCGACGACUACGGUCUUCCGUACUGAGACUGUUGUACAGAGUCAGACCUUUACCCAGAUCGAGACAACGACCUUUAUUAGCGGAUCCGAAGUCGUUCUCACCACCACGGUACCUACCUUGAUCUACACGACUAUCAAUAAUCCGACCACAGAAAUCAGAACAGUGUCAACUCUUCUUGUCUCGACUGCGACCGCAACUACAGCUGUUCCAGAGUAUGUCAACGUCACAGUGUCGCGUGUCUCAACAACUACCACAACUCUCACAACGGUGCUAAACUCUACUGUUAUCUCGUAUCAGCCAUCUCUAGUCGUCCAGACUGAGUAUGCCACAUCGACGGCGUUGUUCACCACAACUCAGCCUGGUGUCACACUGCCAGCUUCGACAUUCUACCAAGAUCCGUCUACAGCCUACAUCACUCUUGAUCCGUCGACCAUCGUGAUCACACUAGAACAGCCAGUCGUUACGGUGACUCAGGAUCCGGUGACUCUGACCUCCAUUCCAGAUGCUCAGACGUCGAUGCUUGUAUCGUACUUGAGUGUAACCGAGACCGUUCCAGUCGCCCUACCUCAGGAAACCGCUUAUGUCACGCCUGCUCCGGUCACCCACUACGUGACGCUCACGCUCGAGCCAGAGACGAUAACAGUCUACCUUUCGAUUACGCUUCCACCUCUGACCGAGACUCUGGAUGUCUUCGUCACGUUACCCGUAGAGACGGAGAUACUGACUCUCACGCUGACCCCUAACACUGAGACAUUGCAGAUCACCGAGACGCUCCCACAGGUCACUGCGACGCUCCCACAAGUCACCGAGACACUUCCGCAAGUUACCGAAACGCUCCCUCAAAUCACAGAGACACUGCCUCAGAUCACUGAAACGCUCCCACAGGUUACAGAAACACUUCCCAUCACGCAAACACUUGAGGUUACACAACAUGGACCAACUGUUACAGCGACCUACUCGUCUAUACCCGAGCCUUCUUUGAUAUUAGUGGAAGAAUCAUCCUCGACCUUGGUGGAGGAGCCUUCCUCGACCAUUGAAGAGCCAUCGUACAGCUCAGUAUAUGUACCGCCCCCUCCAUCUGGUGUGCCUGCAGUUGCACUUGCACGUCCAACGGCAAUAGUGGGAGAUGUCAAUGGCUCGCCAGUGUCUGUCGAUGACACAGCGUACUCGGUACAACUGCCCGUCAAUCUCACUAUGUAUGGUCAAUCUAGCGCGAACAUUCGAGUCAGCUCAAAUUCUUUACUUGGUCUGGGUGACCUCAAUUACGAAUACAGCAACUAUCAACUUCCUUACGGCGGAUCCGGCGGCUUCAGCAGCUACCCUGCCUGUCUGCAACAGACCUAUACGGAUGAGAGCGGCAACAUAUCAAAUUACUGCUUCGGCGAUGUUGUGGCAUUUGGCCUCUGGGACGACCUCUUUAUCUACCAAGGCACACAACAAGGUAUCUAUUAUGAGGUCGAUGGCGCCAUUGGCAGUCGUCGAACCUCUUUCGAGUUCUACAUCAGCCAUUUUUCGGACCAAUCACAGUAUUACCACUUCUUGAUGAACUUCUACGAGAACAGGCCCAACGUCAUCGACUAUCAGUAUUUGAACGUCAGUGACCAUGGUAGCAGCGCUACAGUUGGAGUCCAAAGUUUUUCCAUUCAACAGUACAUGCAGUUCUCGUUCAACCAGCCAGUCGUUUGUCCAGGUAUGAUCUUGACUUUCGAUACAACGCCAGGUGUCAACUCGUAUACCGUCGACAACCCUGGCGAUUGCAGUAUCGCCACGACACCUGCUGGUAGCAACGGAGGGGAAUUUGGACCGAUCGGCCGUACACUGAAGGCUAGACCUGAUUAUAGAGGUGACACUGCCGACUACCCCAAAAAGGGAUUCUGAAGACGGACAGCUAGGGCGGAAUACUGGUUAAACUACAAAUUGAUAAGACGAUAGAUUGAAGUAACCGAGUCUUUGUCCUAACCACAAGUUUCUAGCGGCAAGACAUGAUCCAGCCCUUGCUGAGCCGUGUUUUUAAAUGUCUGAGUGCUGUUGCGAGUUUCUCAAGAUCACACCUCAUGAGAGCGCCUGUAAGCCCAAGACCAAGAGGAAGGCAAGCGAGAGCAGAAACUUCGCGAUAAAGUAUGAUGAAGCCUCGCGAUCAUCUGGGUUGAAGGAGGUGUAGGUGUAAAAGACGAGUCGGAUGAGAAGGAUUGCCAGUCCGGUUUGGAUGUAAAGACAAGUCGAUUGACUGAAUAGCGUCGGCGGCUGCUGUGGUUUGGUUUGUAGUCUUUCGCUCAUCGUGAUGGUUUGCGAUGCUCGAAAUGCUUGGAGAGAACGUUAUGAUGGUAUUGCAGGAG